CCAGGAAUGCCAUUGGUGUGUUUGAAAGACUUUAAAGCACAUGCCCGAGAGCGGCUGUCGAAGUCAUCUUGGGAUUUUAUUGAAGGAGUGGCUGAUGAAGGCAUCACACGGGACGAGAACAUUGCAGCAUUUAAAAAAAUCCGCCUCCGUCCCCGGUACCUGCGAGAUGUGUCAGAGGUGGACACCAGGACCACAAUCCAAGGGGAAGAGAUCAGUGCCCCCAUUUGCAUCUCGCCCACAGCCUUCCAUGGCAUUUUCUGGCCCGAUGGAGAAGUGAGCACAGCCAGAGCUGCCCAAGCAGCCGGCAUCUGUUACAUCACCAGCACAUUUGCCAGCUGUACCCUUGAAGAUAUUGUCGCUUCUGCUCCCCAAGGCCUCCGAUGGUUCCAACUCUAUGUGCAGUCAGACUGGCAGCUAAACAAACAGCUUAUCCAAAGAGUAGAAUCCCUGGGUUUCAAAGCUUUGGUGAUCACAGUGGAUGCACCCAUCAUUGGCAAAAGGCGAGAGGACAUUAGAAAUCAGUUCGACCUGAUGAAGAGCUUACUGCUAAAGAAUCUUCGGUCACCUACGGAGAGAAAUUCCGUGCCUUGUACCCAGGUGCCUCCCAUCAGUGCAUCUUUCUGCUGGGAUAACCUCUCUUGGAUUCAGAGUAUAACUCAACUCCCCAUCAUCCUCAAAGGGAUUUUGACAAAAGAGGAUGCAGAGUUAGCAGUGGAGCACAAUGUCCAUGGCAUCAUUGUUUCUAACCAUGGUGGGAGGCAGCUUGAUGAGGUCCCUGCUUCAAUUGAUGCUCUGUCAGAAGUGGUGUCUGCUGUAAAAGGGAAAAUUGAAGUGUACCUCGAUGGUGGGGUCCGAACUGGUACCGAUGUGUUGAAAGCUCUGGCCCUCGGAGCUAAGUGCAUUUUUCUUGGGAGACCAAUCCUCUGGGGUCUUGCCUAUAAGGGUGAAGAUGGUGUUGAGGAAGUUUUAAACAUUUUAAAAAAUGAGUUCCACACUUCCAUGUCACUUAUAGGCUGCCGGUCAGUUGCUGAAAUCAAUCGUGACCUGAUCCAGUUCUCCAGGUUGUAA